AUGAGUGAAACAUAUAGAUAUCUUGAAGAACUCAGUAGAAUUGUUAAAGUAGAUGAAGAAAAUAGAGAAAGUAUUAUUUGGAAUAGUGUUGAAGGGAUUAAAGGAGAAGAAGAUAGUAUAUUUUGUAAUAAAAAAGGAUCAUUUUUAGUAGAAGAAUUUGUGGGGAUGUAUGGAAGAGAAGAAUUGGAUGAAAUGAUGAAAAGUAUUGGGAAUGAGAAAUAUUACAUAAUAAUAAAUGAUGCCAUGGGAUCAAGAGUAAUAGAAAGUAUUUAUAAAAGAUAUUUAAUGAUAAUUGGAACAAUGAAAGAAAAAGAAAUAGAAGAGAGUAAUAAAAUAAUAACAGAACCAAUAUAUAAAAUAAUAAAAGAAGAAGAAAAAGAGAAUAAAAUGGAAGAAGAAAAGAAAUACACAAUAAAAGAAAUAAUUACAGGAAAAUAUUCAGCACAUGUUAUUAGUGAAAUGAUUGAAGUAAUGAAUCAAUAUUCAAUGAAUGAAAGAAAUAAAGAAAUAAUAGAAAAAAUAAGUGAAUAUGUAAUAGAUGAAGAAACACAUGAAAUAGAAAUAGAAAGUAUUCCAAUUAUAAUUCAAUUAAUCAGAAAUAGAAUGAGUAAUAUUGGAAAACAAAUGAUUAGAAUUAUUAAUAAUAAUUCAAUUCCAAUUAAUGACCCAAAUUGGUCUAUAAUUGUAGAAGAAAGUAUUAAAGUAAUGGAUGAUAUUAAUUUAAAAAUAUUUAGUCAAAAAUAUAUUACACCAGAAAUAAUUAAUGAUGGAAUUGGAAAUCAUGUAAUUCAAAUAUUUAUUGAAAAAAGUGAAGAAAUAAAAGAAGUAAUUGAAAAGAUAAUGAAAGAAAUAGAUAUUAUUAUUUCAAAGAAAUAUUUUAUGUUAAUAGUUAAUGUUAUGAAAAAUAUUAGAAAAAUUGGUAAUAAAAAAGAAGAAGAUGAAUUUAUUAAAAGAAUUAAAAAUCAUUUAUGUGGAAGAGGAAAUAUUUUUGAAGAAGGAAGAAAAGAAUGGAUGAAAGGAAAAAGAGAAUUUAUUGAGUAUGGUUAUUGUAUGAUUCUUGAAAUUUUAAUUGAACAAAGAAAGAAAGAAAUGAUGAAAGAAUUUUAUCAAUUAAAAGAACAAAGAAUUGAAGAAUAUAUUAAUCAUAAAGAAGGAAGUCAUGUUGUUGAAAAAAUAAUUGAAUAUAAUACUAACGAAGAAAAUAAUCAAUUAAUUGAAAUGAUAAGAGGAAAAAUUUGGAGAAUUAGUAUGAAUAAAAAUGGUUCAUUUGUUAUUGAAAAAUUAUUUAUUAAAAGUUCAAUUGAUGGUAAAUUAAAAAUUAUUGAAGAAAUGAAUAGUAAUUAUGAAGAAAUUGAAAAAAUUUCAUUGGAAGAAAAGUAA